AUGUCAGCUCCCGACGUUAACACUCCGCCGUCGCGUGGGCUAUCAAGGCUGCUCCGCAAUCAAGGCGACAGCAAGAACAACUCAACCAACUCGCUCGUCGAUAGCUCCAACAGCGAUGAUCAGAAUCCCGAGUCUGCAGUCGGGCUGCGGCCAGGCUCUUCUCGAGGCGUGGGCGAAAGACUGGCAGAUCGUAUCAGACGAAAAUCCGUGGACGACAGGCGGGACAGCGCCGAAUCCGCAAAGCGACUCUCCUCCUUCAUUCCAAGCCGUCGCAACAAACUGAAGCGGAACAAGUCGAGCGAGCGACAGGCUGAAUCACGCGAACCAAGUCCAGUCAACGAGUCUCUCACGCUGGCUGGCAACCAGUCUGACUCUUCUUUGGCGCAAGAGGGCAGCGGACGGAGUAGCCUACUUACGGACGACAAUUCUGAUCAAGAAGGAAGGCCAGUCCGCCCUACGCUCUCAGCACACCCAUCUCACAUCGGCUAUCUCACACUCUCGUCGCCAGAGAUCAAUGCGCAAGCAGUUCCUACACCUCUCGGAGACAACGGAGCAACCGCUCCCGGAGUGGCCCAGUCAACUUCGACUUCUAGCAUUCCGCAAAUAAUCGAGCCGCUUGAUGCAGGCAGUACAUCUACCUUCCGCGAUUCCAACAGCAGCGAAACUGCCCGUGCGAAUGAGCAGCCUUCACCGGCAGCAAAAGUAGCCCAGGAAGCAGCGUAUACAAGCCACGCGCCGGCAGCGAAAGUUGAGGCUAUACAGCAGCAGAGCGACGAGCGUCCAGUAACGCCAAAGUCGCUAGGAAGACCUCGAGUCAACACUGCCUCCCUUCCUGCAACACCACCAAAUCUCAGCGAGACACCGACUACAUUUGUGACUCCGCCCACCCCCACCGAUCCGAAUGCUGAAUUCCCUCGACGGCCUCCGAGAAAAGCUACGACCACAAGACAACGUAGCGAUAGCUCCUCGUCGUAUGAGAGUAUAAAGCACAGACGGAACCAGUCCGCCAACUUACCCAGCAAGUUGUCGCAAUCAGUCGCGGUUCCUCUCACGCCCCACGUUGAAGAGACCAAAACACCUGGUGGUACACUAGUGCAGCCUCCGCCGGGCACAGGGUUCUUCUCAAGUUUCUUUUCCGCCGCUCAGAAGACAGCAAACCAAUUGGGCAGUAGCAUUGCCAUUGGAGGUAAUCAGAAGAGCAGGGUUUCGAGCCAGACGUCUGCCGACGGGCAAGGCGGUGAGGAGGUCAUUCCAGGGUUAGAAAGCAGUCCGAACAUCAUCGAAGGAGACAAAGAUAGACAGUUGGCUGUGGACACCUUGGGGAAAGGAAAUCUUAAUCUUGGGCAUUUGGGUAUUUCAGAGGAGCCUGCGGCGAUCACGUCGAACGCUCUCGAAAUGCAGAAUGGCGCUCCAGCGGGAGGCGAAGCCAGCAACAAGGCGGAAGAGGAAGCUGCGGCGCGAGCGGUGUCUGACGCCUACGAAAAGCCUGUUGCCGCUGCCGUGAGUGAGGCUACGGGAGGACACAGGCCAAUGUCGAUUGCAUCCAAUGAUAGGCUGACAUUGACGGGUGAUCAGACGCCUCCACGGCAUGGAGCUGAUUUUGAAAGUAUCAAGCGAUCUGGGAGUGUACGGAGCAAGUUGAGUGGGCGGCGCCGCAAGCAUCGGGGCAGCUCUGCAACAGCUGGCACGGGCAACACAAUAGCAGCAGGACUCACGGCGACUGCAUCUGGCUUCCAGAACCUCGCUGCUAGUGGCGCGGGACAUCGGUUGACUGGAUUUGCUGUGGCGAGCAGCAAGCGCAACAAAGACUUUCACUCGCUAUUCCGAAGCGUGCCAGAGGAUGACUAUCUCAUCGAAGACUACAGCGCUGCAUUACAACGAGAUAUCCUGCUCCACGGCCGUCUGUACGUUUCGGAAGGCCACAUUUGCUUCUCCAGCAACAUUCUGGGCUGGGUAACGAACCUUGUCAUCAGCUUUGAUGAGGUUGUGUCCGUGGAAAAGAAGACCACCGCCGUGAUCUUUCCGAAUGCCAUUGUGAUCUCGACCCUCCAAGCCCGAAACACCUUCGCCAGCUUUGUGGCUCGUGACUCCACUUACGAGCUCAUCAUUGGCAUCUGGAAGAUCAGCCAUCCCAAUCUGAAAAGCUCGCUUAAUGGGGUCUCUCUGGACAAUGCUGGCACUGGCGAUAAGACGGAAGUCGCAGAGCCAGAGGGUUCCGAGGAUGGCAGCGAUACCGGAUCCGAAGAUGAGGUGUACGACGAAGACGCAGACGACGACGGCGGUAGCUUUAACGACGCAUCGCUGGCGCCUAGCAUAGCCGGCAGCGAUCUUGGGGACCCAACGUUGAGUCGGAAAGCGUCUGGACUGCCACUGGCACCGGGUGCUGCACAGGCGAAUGGCGUGGGAGCAAAGACGAACGGAAUCUCAGCAAAGGGCUUCGAGGGGACCGAGACUGCUGCUGCCGGUGCAACUGCCACUGCCGACUUCCCUGGCCCGCCUAGCCAUGAAGCGACACAGUGCAGUGAAAGUGGCGAGCACUACACCAAUCUUCUCAUUGACACUGUCAUACCAGCCCCUCUUGGCAAGGUCUACUCGAUGACUUUUGGGCCGGCAUCAGGAGCGUUCAUGACCAAGUGGCUUGUCGAAGACCAGAAGUCGCGCGAGCUGAACUUCACAGACGACAAGAUCGGACUUGACAAUGAUCACAAGACAAUGACGUUCGACUAUAUCAAACCACUAAGUGGUUCGAUCGGACCGAGACAGACGAAGUGUAUUACGACCAAUACGCUAGUGGCAUUUGAUCUUGACAGGGCUGUGUCGAUCGAUUGCAGCACGCAGACUCCGGAUGUCCCAAGCGGCAAUGUGUUCAUGACGAAGACGCGGUACUGUCUCAUGUGGGCUCCUGGAAACUCGACUAGAUUCCUGUCUACUUCCGCAGUGGAGUGGAGCGGCAAGAGUCCCAUCGAGAAAGGAACGCAAGAUGGCCAGACCGAAUAUGCCAAAGCUCUCACCGCUGCCGUCAAAGCUGCCGUCACCACAAGACCGCCGGUCAAGGGCCCUCUACGAAAGGGCAAGCGGAAGGGUAAGAAGGAGAUGCUGGACACCGAUGCAAGUCCAGAAGAACGAAAAACAAGCGUCACUGCAGAGCGAAAGGAGACAACAUGGGGGCCACUGGAACCUCUGCAUGCCAUUUUGAGACCAGUGAUAUCAUUACUCGACCCCUUCAUGAACUCACAAGUGCUCAUAGCCGUCUUAACGGUACUGCUGCUGUACACCUGGAUCAGCCCUCCUGCCCGAAGAGGCGGCACGGGCGUCGGCCUCCCCGGAUACUCUACUCCCGAGCGCCUAUUAGCUUAUGAAGAGAUCUGGCGCCACGAGGAGAGCAACCUCUGGGACUGGCUGGAAGACCGCGUCGGACUGGACAACAUCUAUGUCCCGAGCGGUGGCGAGGAGCAGAAGGAUCGGCAGAAGGUGUUGGCGGCGCGGAAUAUGGCGAAGAAGUUGGGGGAUGAGCGGAUGAGCGAACGACAGAUGGAUGAUGCGAUUCGGGUUACGCAGGAGAGGUUGGAGAGUUUGAAGGACGCGGUGGCGAGGAAGAAAGGCGGGAAGAAGGAGCUGUGA